AUGAUCGCAACCAUCGCGCCAACCCAUCCACCUCCCACAUGGGACCCCCCCGCGGACAACCUCGCCGCCCCAACAAAGCCCCAGCCUAACCGCCACGACGUGUCGACAACCAUAAACUACUACAAAGACCCAGGCGAUGGUUCGGCACCAAUGCCCAUCGUGAUCGCCGACAACACAGUCCGCAACGAACGCCCGCACACCCCGCGCCCCACCACCGUGCGCGACGUGACGGGCUCCGAGGCAGCCUACACCCUCGACGCGCAAGGCUUCCAGUACGUGCGACACGCGAGCAAGCUGCGCGGGCUAGCCGACUUCCAGGACGACGCCCUGGUGAGGGGGGAGUACUACCCGGAGGCGGUGCGGCUGUUGAAGGAUGUCACAGGCGCAUCCCGCAUCUUCCUCUUCGACCACAAGACCCGGUGCGGCCCCUCCAACUGGCACAAGCUCGGCAAGGGGAACCGGUCCUCGCGGGGCCCCCUGCUGCGCGCGCACGUGGACCAGUCGUACGCGGGCGCCGGGCUGGUAUUGCGGCGGUGGUUUGCCGAUGAGGCGGACGAGCUGGUCAAGCGGCGGUAUCAGAUCGUUAAUCUAUGGCGCCCCAUAAAGCCCAUCUCCAAGUCCCCCCUCGCCGUCGCGGACGCCACCUCGAUCCCGGACACCGACCUAAUCCCCGGAUCGAUAAUCUACGGGUCGCCAGCAGUGGACCGCGACGAGACCUGGACCAUACUGCCCCCGUCCCCGCACCACCCGCACCGAUGGUACUACAAGCACGGGCAGCGGCCGGACGAGGUGCUGCUGAUCAAGUGUUUCGACUCCUGCGAGACGGCGGCGGCGCGCCGGGUGCCGCAUACGGCGUUUGAGGACGCGGAGGCGGUGGAUGGGGAGGAUAGGGAGAGCAUUGAGACGAGGGCUUUGGUUUUCUACGACUAGAUGCUUUACCUAGGUGCAUACCUACCUAGGUAUUUAAACCAUCUGGGUACCUAUUAUAGACAAUAUGAUGAGUUGAGUGAGCUAGGUUAGGCUAAUUCGUGCUGCUGCGCUGAUCAAGUAAGUUAUAUACGUGAACUGAUAUGUGAACUGGGUUGAUU